AUGCGACUGGCAGUGGUCAUCUGCGUCAUUGUCCUGUUCGGGAUAGUGCUAGCAGUGAUGACCAGAUAUCGUCGAGGGCUUAAACAGGUGCCAGGACCUUUCUUGGCUAGUAUAUCUUCUCUCGAUCGAAUAAUUACUGCCGCUUCAGGUCAGCAAUUUAGGAGACAUCUGGAAUACCAUGACAAGUAUGGACCCCUGGUCCGCGUUGGACCAAAUCAGGUGUCUUUCGCCAAUUCAGACUUGAUCCCUCAAGUUUAUGGGAUCACCAGCCGAUUCCUCAAGAGCGAUUUCUAUUCGAUGUUCGACGUGAGAUCAAAACAAGGGAAGGCCAUUCCCACAGUAUUCUCUGUGCGUGACGAAAAGCGACACAAGGGCCUCAAGAGGCCUGUAGCAAACGCAUACUCGAUGAGCACCCUCGUUGAACUCGAGCCGAUGACUGAUGACUGCAUUGAGAUACUGCAGAGAAAGUUCGACGGUAUGCAAGACAAGGACUUUGACCUUGGAGAGUGGCUUCAAUGGUACUCCUUUGAUGUCAUCACAUCUGUGACAUUCUCCAAUUGCAUGGGGUUCAUGGAGCAAGAAAAGGACGUUCAAGGUAUCAUUGAAGCUAUUGAAGGUCGAUUGGCAUACAACUCAGUCGUUGGUGAGGCUCCCUAUCUUCAUAGAUUCCUACUGGGCAACCGUCUGGUGGCGUCUCUGGUAGGCCGGGUUCCUAUCCUGGCGUGGCUAAAUUCAACUUCACAUAUUAUUCGUUUCGCAGCUAAGCAGCUCGAGCGCUACAAUACCCGGGACAAGUCAUUAGAUUCGUUGCGGGAUAUGUUGGCAAGGUUUCGGCGGUCUCGAGAUGGUGAGGAAAUCAUGUCCAGUGAUGACUUGUUAAGUCAUGCAUCCAGCAACAUUCUUGCGGGGAGUGACACUACAGCGAUCUCACUCAGGUCGAUGUUUUACUACUUGUGCAAGAAUCCGCGUUGUUACAAUCUUCUCCGAGACGAGAUCGACCAAAUGGAGCAGGCCGCCGAGCUAUCCCCGAUCGUGACAUUUGCGGAAGCAAAUCGUAUGCCAUACCUCCAGGCGUGUAUGAAGGAGGCCAUGCGGUUACACCCAGCGGUAGGUCAGCUGCUCGAGCGAGUAGUUCCAGCCGAUGGAUGGGAGAUCGCCCCAGGUAUCCACCUCCCGGCAGGUACAAUUGUCGGCAUGAAUCCGUGGAUUCCCAGCAGAGAUAAGUCGGUCUACGGCACAGACGCUGAGGCCUUCAGACCAGAGAGAUGGCUGGAAGCAAGCGAGGAAACGCUUAAACUGAUGGACAGGAACUUUCUGGCUUUCGGUGCCGGAGCGAGAACCUGCCUAGGCAAGAACAUCUCUCUCCUCGAGAUGUCGAAACUGGUCCCUCAAGUCAUUCGAAAAUAUCAACUCGAGCUGUCGGACCCCAAGGCUGAAUGGAUCUUGACGGAUAAUUGGUUCGUCAAACAAACAAACCUCUUCUGCCGGCUGAAGAGGCGAGAGACAUGA